AUGCAGCCACCCUCGAUGGGUGUCAACGGAUUCGGUCGCCGCAGUCACAAUUUCUCGUCGCCAUCGCUAGUGGACUACAGAUCCCAACCAUCUCAUUAUGGCUCGCAAUCAAGCAUAUUUCAAAAAGCCGGCAAUCAGUCGCCGCCUGACUACGCCCUUCUAUUCGAGCAGCCUGUGGUGGUAUUACGAUCGAAAAAACCUAGCACUGUGCGUUCCGCUAAAGAAGAAUCACGUUUGAGAUCCCAGCAGCCUCCCAACAAUAUACAAAGAGUUCAAGUUGUUCGGAGCCGGCCACAGAGCACGACGUCAUAUAAUAGCCUUGCAUCUUCGGGCAUGGAAAACGUCCACUGGCGCAAUUCAGUCAUGUCGUCAGUAACUCCAGAUACGCGACGACACACGUUGUAUGACGAUGAUGAUUCUCCAAGAGUUGUAAGUAUUUUCAUAUAG